GCUGCGUAGGGGAGCAAGAAUCACCAGUAGUCCAGUACUGUGUGAGAGAGAGAGAUGGUGGUGAAGCUGCACGGACCCGGGUUCGCGGCCGGACCCAGGAGGGUGGCGGUCUGCCUCUUUGAGAAGGAGGUAGAGUUCGAGCUCAUCAACGUCGAUCUCUUCUCCGGCGAGCACAAGAAUCCCGACUUCCUUCAACUCCAGCCCUUUGGCCUUGUCCCUGUCAUUCAGGACGGCGACCUCACCCUCUUCGAAUCGAGGGCCAUCCUCAGAUACUGUUCCGAGAAGUACUCCAGCCAGGGAACAGAUCUCCAUGGAAAGACCAUCGAGGAGAGGGCAUUGGUAGAGCAAUGGCUGGAGGUCGAAUCUCACAACUUCAACGCGCCGGCGCUGUCGCUGGUCUUCCAGCUGAUGUAUGCUUCAAAGCUGGGGAUCCCUCAGAAUGAAGAGGAGAUCAAGAGCAGCGAGGAGAAGCUCAACAAAGUUCUUGACGUCUACGAGGAGAGGCUGUCGAAGAGCAAGUAUCUCGGAGGCGAUUUCUUCAGCCUGGCUGAUCUGACCCACCUGCCAUUGAUCCAUUACCUGGUUCACGACUGUGGGAAGGAGUCGCUGGUAAAGGGCAGGCAGCACGUGAGCUUGUGGUGGGAGGAUAUCUCCAGCAGGCCUUCUUGGAAGAAGGUCUUGGAGCUAAAGUAGACUGAUUUCAGGCCUUACUGUUCAUUUGAAGUAGUUGAACUUCAUUCUUCCUUUUGAGAGCAACGAUCUUUACCUUAGUAAAUAAUUUUUUUUUGUGUGUUUUGAAGAACUGGUUGAAUUUGAUGGGAUUCAUCUCUUUAUAGUUUUUGAA